GGAGCAUCUCAUGAAGAUGCGUUAGCCGUAUGUAUAUGUCAAAACCUUUCAAUUGUUAUCUGUCAUUGUAAACAAUGACGUAAAUGUCUUCUUCAACGUUUAUAUAAACUUUAUAAGAAAAAGACUUGGAAACAAUGGACAUUGGUCAAUGAGUACGUUUAUAUACAGAAGCAAAACAAGUAAGUUAUACAAGAAACGGGGAGGAUGUGGAAGCUAAAACUAUCGGAAAAUGGAGAUGAUGAUGGAGAAUGGGUCACAAGUUCAAACAAUCAUAUCGGAAGAGAGUUUUGGGAGUUCGAUCCGAACCUUGGAAGCAUUGAAGAAAGGGUUCUUGUUGAAAAGGUCCGAGAGGAGUUUACUUUGAAUCGCUUUGAGAUCAAACAUAGUUCGGAUCUCAUCAUGCGAUUCCAGUUUGCAAAGGAGAAUCCAUGUGAAGCGAAUUUACAAGGAGUGAAAGUAGUAGGAAGGGAUGAUGACGAAGAAAGAAUCAAAGAGGAAGCAGUGAUCACAACUUUGAGAAGGGCUUUAAGAUUUUAUUCAACACUUCAAGCAGAAGAUGGGCACUGGCCUAGUGAUUAUGGCGGUCCGUUGUUUCUCUUACCAGGAUUAAUUAUUGGGUUACAUGUGAUGGGAGCAAUGGAAACAGCACUAUCAAGUGAGCAUCAAAAAGAAAUUCGCCGGUAUCUCUAUAAUCAUCAAAAUGCAGAUGGUGGAUGGGGUUUGCAUAUAGAAGACCGGAGCACCAUGUUUUGUACUGCCCUCAUUUAUGUGUCUCUUCGUCUUCUUGGCGAGCCGGCCGACGGCGGCCGGAAUGGAACAAUGGAGAAAGCUCGAAAUUGGAUACUUGAUCAUGGUGGAUGCACUUUCAUCCCAUCAUGGGGGAAGCUCUGGCUUUCUGUACUUGGAGUUUAUGACUGGAGUGGCAAUAACCCUCUGCCUCCUGAACUGUGGCUUCUCCCUUACUUUCUUCCUAUACAUCCAGGUCGUCUGUGGUGCCACACUAGGAUGGUGUACUUGCCAAUGUCAUACCUGUACGGAAAGAGAUACGUUGUGCCAGUUAAUGGCACAAUUAUCUCGUUGCGAAAAGAGCUCUACUCACUACCUUACAACCUGAUUGAUUGGAACUUAGCCAGAAAUCAAUGCGCAAAGGAAGAUUUAUACUACCCACAUCCAUUAGUACAAGAUCUCCUCUGGGAUGGUCUGCACAAGUUCGCCGAGCCCCUACUCAAAAAGUGGCCUUUCUCUAAGCUGAGGCAGAAAGCUCUGACAACUGUGAUGGAGCACAUUCAUUAUGAGGAUGAAAACACUCAUUAUCUUUGUAUAGCACCUGUUAAUAAGGUGCUGAACAUGUUAUGUCGUUGGGUAGAGAAUCCGAAUUCUUCAGCAAUAAAGAAGCAUCUUGCAAGAAUAAAAGAUUACCUGUGGCUGGCAGAAGAUGGCAUGAAAAUGAAGGGAUAUAAUGGAUCUCAGCUGUGGGAUGCUGCUUUAGCGGUUCAAGCAAUACUAGCAACAAACCUCCCUGAUGAUUACGGUUUGAUGCUUCAGAAAGUGCACAGGUUUGUUAAACUUUCUCAGGUAAUCCACUCAAGAACAUACAUGACUUUGAUUUUCUUGCAUUGUAAAAAUUUUCUCUCUAAUUUAGUACAACUCUUGUUAAAGAUUGAUAAAGACAAUCCUGGAGAUCUCAAGUCCUGGUACCGUCACAUUUCAAAAGGUGCAUGGCCUUUCUCUACCGCAGACAAUGGCUGGCCAGUCUCAGAUACUACCUCAGAAGGCCUAAAGGCAGCUCUCUUGCUAUCGAGAAUGCCAUCUUAUAUUUCUGGUCAGGCGGUAGAAAAGGAAAAGCUCUAUGAUGCUGUUAAUGUGAUACUAUCCUAUCAGAACAACAACGGAGGUUUUGCAUCUUAUGAGCGCACUAGAUCUUUUGAUUGGGUGGAGAAAAUUAAUCCUUCAGAAACAUUUGGAGAUAUUAUGAUUGACUACCAGUAUGUAGAAUGCACUUCAGCAGCAGUUCAGGCUCUCCGAUUAUUCAGCAAAUUGUACCCAGAUCAUCGGAGAAAAGAGAUCGAAUCCUGCAUUGAGAAAGGCCUAGACUUCAUUGAAAGCAUUCAACUCCAUGAUGGUUCAUGGUAUGGAUCUUGGGGAGUCUGCUACACCUAUGGAACAUGGUUCGGUAUCACAGGUUUGGUGGAAGGAGGAAGGACUUAUGAAAAAAACAAAAGCGUUAGAAAAGCUUGUGAAUUUUUACUGUCCAAGCAGCUCGCAUCUGGAGGAUGGGGAGAGAGCUACAUUUCUUCUCAAAAUAAGGUGUACACAAGCCUUGAGGGGAACAAAACUCACAAUGUAAACACUGCAUGGGCUCUGUUAGGUCUCAUCAAAGCUGACCAGGCCAAGAGAGAUCCCAUUCCCCUGCAUCGUGCUGCAAAAGUUCUAAUCAAGUCACAAAUGGAAAAUGGUGACUUCCCACAACAGGAAAUCAUUGGAGUUUUUAAUAGAAACUGCAUGAUAAGCUACUCAAACUAUAGAAACAUUUUUCCAAUAUGGGCUCUUGGAGAAUACCUCAACAAAGUCUUGCUGCAUGGAAAGGGACAUUGUUUGUAGGAUCUGGAAGUGUUAUGAUGAUGGAAUUUGGUCCGGGGUCAGAGAACGGCAUGUCGAACGACAUAAAUGUAAUUUUUGGAAAGGGCAACUUCAGUGUAGAUCUUAAUUAUUGGCAUUGGAAGGUGCAAUUCAGUUUUAAUGACUCUAUUCUUCUUGAUCGCAUAUUCAUAAUUAUACACAACUAAAGUCGCCCUACCACUAGUAUUUGAUUCUUUGCCUUUUCUUAUGCUUACCAUAUAAAAGGUACGAGAAAGUCCUCAACACUGAAGAGAGCUGCAUGCAUUAUUAUAAAGAAGAUUAUGUCAGAUCGAUCGAUAUGGUUAAUGCUGUUAUAAAAUUAAUGUUAGAUUAUUAAUAUGAAACUAAACAUAAGAACAAAAAGGAGAGACAAGAGAGUAGAGAGAGAUAAGAGAUUUGUAUUCAGAUGUGUUUCUGAAGCAUGAAUG